UUAGGUCGCUGAGUGACCAGGACUUGGGAAUUUUGUCUGCUGCGCUGGUGAAUCUCGUGGCAGGUGCUCAGCCUGAAGGUGCAUCUCACGAGAUCUCUGACAGAAGACAGAUUUGAGCCUCAGAGCAGAGUCUCUGCCUGAAUGAUUGGUGCCUUCUUGGCAGUGCAGGAGCCACACUGAGAAGCCCUAGAAAAUAGCCCUCGAGGAUCCGCCGUGCGAUACCACCUUCCAGAAUUUAGAUAGUACCUGGCUCAGCCUCAUUGCUGGGGGGGUUUCGGUGACACUGCCACACAGUGACUGCAGUUCUACUAGGGACUGCAUGUUGGCACACGAAGGUAAGAUGAAUAUUUUGAGAAACAAGAACACCAUCUUCUUUGCGUGCUCAUCCAGAGGAUCCCUCGGUGGAGAAGAGAAGCGGAUCUCUGGGCUCUAAACUUCAGCAUGCAUUAAGAGAUGAAGUGGAGAUGAAGUGCAAGGAGAACAGGUUGUCGGCAUGUGUGCAGCGUGUAAGCUCAUUUUCACAUCACUUGGAGACUAGAGGUCACACGCCGUGCCCAGCCCUGCUGUGGACUGGUUCGCGUGAAGCCUUUGCAUGUGGCCUGAGCGUUGGCACCAUCUCCUAUGUCCCAGGGACCCUUGGUGUUUGCUGUGUUCUUCCUGCAAUGUUGUGACCUGAGUUAUGCCUUCCCAGAAUGCGGUUCUUUCCCAGGAGGGGACAUGAAGGAGAGGGCAAUGGGUGGUGGACCACAGAGAGUCGGCCCGGGCAGGAAACCUGAAGACUCAGCCCAGUGGCCCAGACAUCCAAGCUUUCCCUCCAGCCGCUCUCUGCCUCCUGCCCCAGACCCCUGUCAGAGCAGUUUCUGCAGGCAUGGGCUGUGCUUGGUCGCAGGAGCCCCUGACCUUCGAGGAUAUGGCUGUGGACUUCACCAGGGAGGAGUGGGAACAGCUGCAGCCUGCUCAGAAGACACUCUACCGGGACGUGAUGCUGGAGAACUACAGGAAGGUGGUGGCGCUGGGGCACCAGGCGAAUAAGCCCCAGAGGAUUGCUGAGCUGGAGUGGGAAGAGCUGUGGCCUGUGGGUGCUCUCCCAGAUGGGGACAGCGGACCUAAAAUCAAAAACUCAACUCUAAACCAGAAUAUUUCUGGUGAAAAUCAAAGCUGUGACAUGAUUACGGAAAGACUAGUGGGAGACAGCUUCUGGUAUUCAAUCUUAGCAGGACUCUGGGAUUUUGAUUAUCAGUAUGAAUUUAACCAAGAAAACCAGCAGAGACAUUUGGAACUAGUAUCUUCCACCCACCAAAGGAUUAUACAGGAGAGAAGCAUUAAAUGUAAAAAAUUUGAUAACUAUAAAAAGAACUCAAAACAUAUACAUCGAAGGAUUCCUUCAACUAAAAUACCCCUUAACUAUAACACACUAGGAAAUGCUAUCAAACAUAAUUCAGACUGGAUUUACUAUAAGGGAAACUAUGUAAGGGAAAAUCCCUAUGAAUAUAAUGAGCAUGGAGAAAUCUUCAACCAACAUAUUCUUUUCACUAAUCAUAUUCAUACUGAAGAGAAAUCCAGUGAAUGUGGAAAGGGCUUCGACUACAGUUUGUCUCGUACCCAACCUCAGAUAGUGCUCACGGGUGAGAAACCCCAUAAGUGUGAUGAAUGUGGGAAGAGAUUCAGCCAGAGAAUACAUCUUGUUCAACACCAGAGAAUUCACACAGGGGAAAAACCUUUUGUAUGCAAUGAAUGUGGGAAAGCCUUCCGUCAACAUUCUUCCUUCACUCAGCAUCUGAGAAUCCAUACUGGAGAGAAGCCCUAUAGAUGCAAUCAAUGUGGCAAAGCCUUUAGCCGUAUCACCUCUCUCACUGAACAUCAUAGACUUCAUACUGGAGAGAAACCUUAUGAAUGUGGUUUUUGUGGGAAAGCCUUCAGCCAGAGGACGCAUCUUAAUCAACACGAAAGAACAUACACAGGAGAAAAGCCCUAUAAAUGUAAUGAGUGUGGGAAAGCUGUUAGUCAGAGUGCACAUCUUAAUCAACAUACGAAAAUCCAUGUCCGUGAGAAAUUAUGUGACUACAAAUGUGAGAAACUUUAAGCCACAGGCCUUCACAUAGCAGCAUGUAGUUGUGCUGAGGUAAACUCGGAAUUUAUACAUGUGGAAAAAUUUUAUCAGAUCUUUUUAUUCAAUAUUAAAUUACUCAUUUUGGAAGAAAGUUUAUAAACAAACUUGUAGCUCAGCACAAGGUAUGCAGAGCAAACACCACAGGCAAAGAAGGGAGCGUUCCCUCUCAGAAGGGGCAACAAGGAAAAUCUAACAAGACAAGAAAAAAGUAGAUGAAGAGAAACAGACAUGAAUGCAAUGAUCUGAAAAGACCUCAUUUUUUAGCAUGCUGUGUCCCCACCUUCACCUUGCCUGGGUCCCAGAAACCACACACACACACACCUGUGAGACACACACACACACACACACACACACACACACACACCUGUAACCUUCCAGCCCUGAGAGAACAGCAGACUUGCUCACUUCUGCAGGGCUUGGGAUUUUUCAAAAUAAACACUUGAGGGAAAGACAUUU